AUUGCAAGGAAUAUUCUGCAGGAGCAUAUUUUAGGAAUGUAUUAAGUUCUCAUCACUGAAGUUCAAAAAACACUGAUGGCAUCCCCUCUGUGCCUGUAGGUUUUUAUUUUGUUAAGCUUAUAAGUAGGGUUUCUUGGGCCAGGGUGGGGCGGGGGAAGCUUUAUUAUGUGACUUGAAAGUUGGCAAGGUCAAGGAAAAAGAUCUUUUCCAAAACAGUCUUAUUUCUCAAACUCAGACUUCUUUUAAUGAUGCGAAAUUUAUCUGAAAUCACAAUAAAACUUGCAACUAGAGAUUGGACUUUCGCUUUCCUUUUUUUCUCCUAUCCUCAUUCCGCUUGUGAUUUAGCUACACAGUCAAUCCAGUGCCUUUAUCUCACCGUUUUCUCCAUGCUUCCAUUCUAAAAUUUUUUAAUGUUUAUUUAUUUAUUUAUUAAAAAAAUUUUUUUAAUGUUUUAUUUAUUUUUGGGAGAGAGAGAGCACAGGAGGGACAGAGAUAGAGACGGAGACACAGAAUCCGAAGCAGGCUCCAGGCUCUGAGCUGUCAGCACAGAGCCUGACACAGGGCUCGAACUCACGAGCUGUGAGAUCAUGACCUGAGCCAAAGUCAGACGCUCAACUGACUGAGACACCCAGGCGCCCCAAACCAUGCUUCCAUUCUAAAAAGGGGUAGUGGUGGAAUAAGAACGCAGUGUAAGAUGGGCUGGUCAUUUCAGAUUUAUAGAGGAUGAAAUGUCUAAGUUCAUAUGUGAAGAUUCAAGCUCAGGGAAUCUAACGUUGUGAUGGAUUCUGAUUCAUGCCACUUGCACUCUACUGCGGUGCUUCUCCCUCUCCCUCAACUGACCCAUUUUUGUAUAUGUGUUGGAGGAUUAAAAAUGAUAUUUAGAACACAAGUAUCAAGUAAAAAUGGAAUAUGAGGCAAUGGCUGGUGGGCGUGUUAUAUAUCUUUGAUAAAAAAGGAGGGCAUUAUGGGGUGCCUCGGUGGCUCAGUUGGUUAAACAUCUGACUUCAGCUCAGGUCAUGAUUUCAUGAUUCAUGGGUUCAAGCCCCGCUUUGGGCUCUGUGCUGACAGCUCAGAGCCAGGAGCCUGCUACUGAUUCUGUGUCUCCCUCUCUCUCUCCCCCUCCCUGCUCUCUCUCUCUCUCUCUCUCUCUCAAGGGUAAAUAAACAUUAAAAAAAAAAAAAGGAGGGCAUUAUCGAUGAAAGAAGAAAGCCCCUAUGUGUGGAGUGUUUUCAGAAUGGGAUAGUUUUUUCCAUAGUGGAAGGAAUGAUGUAAAUCUGAAUGUUUUAACUUUUGAGUUAGAUAUAAAAUCACUUUACAAAAAGAGCGUUUAAAAAAAUUAUUUUUAAUGUUUACUUAUUUUUGAAAGAGAGACAGAGAGAGAGAGAGAGAGAGAGACAGAGCAUGAGAAGGGGAGGGGCAGAGAGAGAGGGAGACACAGAACCCAAAACAGGCUCCAAGCCCUCAGCACAGAGCCCAAUGUGGGGCUCGAACCACAAACUGCAAGAUCAUGACCUGAGCCAAAGUCAGAUGCUCAACCAACUGAGCCACCCAGGUGCCUCCCCAAAAGAGCUUUUAAAUAGCAGUUCGUUUGCAGCAACAUCUGUAUUUAUAUCUUAGGAAUCUUCAGGAUAUGGGAGGAACAGGUCAAAUUUUCAGUGCUUUAAUACUAACCCAGUUGUGGGUUAUACUGAAAUUACUUUCAUAAUGGACCAAUCUGGCCACAAAAUUUGGACAAGAAUUUCAGAUGCUGAGCGUUUCAGUAAUAAUUGUGAACCUGUACCCUAUGCUUGGUUAUUUUUCUAAACUUGGAUAGAGAUUACUAAAUCAGUUUUGUUAGGUGAAUUUUCAACCUUGAAAAGACACGCCACUUCAGAAGACAAAAAUGAAGCAUAACUUUUUGUUUUAAAAGGAGAAAUGAAGACAAAAGCUUUUGAGGUUCAAUCCUACCUGUCUUUUUCAACCUUCAGAAAGGUUUCUAGUCUGGAAAGAAAUCUCUUAAAGCAUGGUUUUUAUAAUGGACGUGCUGCUGACAUACACUUAACAUUAUUGGCCCAAAUGGCAGCAAUAUAAUUUGUAGGCCUUGUAUUCUGUCUGGAAAGUUGUAGUGCUCUCAUUGGUAUUUGUAUUCGCUUUUUGUGAACUGGUCUUUCGUGUUGUUUUUUAUUUUAAUUUAAUGUGAGACUAAUAAAUCUUAUUGUUAAAUAACAAAGAUUGCAUCAUAGCUGUCAGUAUUAAAAUGCACUCCUUUUUGGGGGAAGCCAGAUAGAUGUGUUUACUCUGUAGAGAGAUUUAGAUUUGAUUUUUUGUUUUCUUCAUGGUAAUUAUGUUUGCACUUUGCUGAUCACUAGUUGUGCAUUAUUACAAUGGAAGGUGACAAUUUGAUUGUCUUCAAUUGGAGAAACAAGUAAUUUUAUAUUCACUAAGCUGUCAGGUAACACUAACUCACAGUACUAAGAGCUCCUGGCAAUGCAGCUUGGCACCUAUAUUUAACUGCUUUGAUGCUUGUGUAACCUCCGCUGAAUCAGAAAUACUUUGCCUGCUGGAAAUGGUUUUCAGGGUUGUACAAUGAGGUUUUCAUUAAGUAGACAAACUGAAAAUGAACUGCAAAGCCACGGUUGUUUCUCUUCCCUUUCCUUCCCUUCCCUCCCCUUCCCUUCCCUUCCCUCACCCCUCUCCACCUUUCCCUCCUUCUCUCCUCCCCAUUCCUCCUCCUCCUCUUAUUUGAUAGGAACCUGAAAUUUAUGCCUUAUUUCAUUUACAUGAAAGAGACGAAUUGCUGGAUUGCUGCUUUAUUUAGCUGAAGGAGAACCUCAAAGAUGAACUUCUUUAUGUAAUUUUGUUCACUGUCAUCAUGUGUGAGCCUUCAUUUUUUGAAACGAUCUAUAUAGCAUCAAUUUUCAUUUUUCUCUUUUUUCUGGCAAUAUUAAAAAAGUGAAAAUAGAAGUAAGAUGGAAAAGUAUACAGGGACAGCCUCCUACCCUUUCUCUCUGAGAAGUUAUUGUUCUGGUUUAUGAUUUUUGUUAAUAAGUGGAUAAGAUAUUAUCCACUUGUAAUUGGGCUUCCAGACCAGAGGAUUGGUUUCAAGCUGACAAAGACAUGUUUGGUAUUCAUUUUAAAAACUAUGGUUCUCAUUUCAUGUGAAGAGGAGAUUCAAAGUAAGCAUAUAUAAAUAAACUCAUUCUGCUAUUAUUUUAGACAGCUUUCAUUCAAGCCACAUAGAGGUCUUUCAGUUGAGCUAUAAAGUCAUUGUGCUUGAUUAAAAUCCUCUAACUUAGUGUGUAUUUAUAGUAGCCAUUGUUUGGUUUUGUUCGUAUUGUUAAGUGACUGAUUGUAUUUAUAAAUUCUAGGCCUGGCUUUCCAAAGCAAAGAUCCCAACAAGUUUCUGGUACAUAAACUGUGAGAAAAAUUCAAUAUUACUAUAAACAAAAGUACAGAUAGAGGUUACACGAAGUCAAGUUGUUUUGAUCUCUUGAAGAAACUUGAUACUCAGAGACACAUGUAAUGAUUACUGGUUUUCCAUAGGCAGUCAGGCAAGCAGGCUCGUCUUUAGGCUGGUUGCCUGCCUCUUCCAGCAGAUACUAACCAAUUAGACAGAGGUGGUUACGUGAUGUAACAUUAUCAGGAGAAACAAUUCAUGAGUCAAAGCAUUCCAAGACAUAUGAGCUCUAGUCCAAAGAACAGUCUUAAGCUAUAUAAAGUGACAGCAAUAUUGUCAGCUAAAUAUAAACUCUAGAAACACAAACUUUGAUGACUUGAGAAGAAUCUGUUCCAGGUAGUCCUUGUUUUGUAAGAACCUCAGAAGGCCUUUGGAGACAAUUUUGUGCUUUGGUGUGAAAAAUUAGAAGGCUUAGCUAAGUCAGAAUCCAUUAAUUGAGGUCCCUUUUUAGACAUACUUCAAGGACCUCAAGCAUACUUCUUUUGCCUCCUCUCUGUUGAUCUGACAGAUAACACAAAUAAGUGAGUUUGCUUCUAACAGAUACUGUCUGUAUAUGUUACCAUGUUAUGUUCUGAAAGAGCCACUACAAACAUUAAAAGAUAGGUUUACAACCCUCCAACACAGCUCUGGAGGCAGUUACCUUCUUUUUCUCUGAGUUUUCUCAGUUACUUAUUAACUCAUUUCCAAAAGCCCCAGAUGAAAGAGAGACAAAAAAACCUGGCAGAAGCCUGGGGCAGUUUGGGGGUGGAGUUGGGGAGUGGAGGUAGUGCUGGAUAAAACAAUACAAAGAAUCAACAACCACCCUCAGGCUUUACUCAAAUGAAGCAGGAAAGCUUUGAAAGGGAUGUCUUCAUUUUAAUGUCUGGAAUUGGGAUCCUUCCCCACCCCUCAAUCCUUAACCGGGGAAUUAGAGGUACAGGAAAAAAGUUUUAAAAUUUUUUUGCCCUAGGCUGGGUGGACUGGCAUCCUCUGUAGGGGUUCCUGAGUAUUGUGCAUUUUGGCAGCUGAGCAUAUCUGUUACUCAUGCUUCUUAAAAUGAGAGGCACUGUGUUAUAUUUUUGGAAAAUUAGUUGUUUAUUUCUCAGUAUCAGAUCAAUUGCAGCAUUAAAUUAACAGUGAAUUAUUUGACUGAAAUAAGUCUACCUUGGUAGCCUGGGGCUGAGUUGCAAAAGUAAAUGUGAAUAUUGUCCUGAAUUUUUAAUUUUUUCUUUAAGUGAACCAACUAUUAAAUGUUGCUUUAUGUUAAAAACAGAGCUUCUUUUGAAUAAAUGUGAUACACUUAAAAAGUGAAUGCCAUUUGAUAAUUAUCUUAGAAAUAAAUAAAUUUUAAAAAUCAGGUUAAAAAUAUUGUUCCAAUAAAUUUAGUGGCUCUUUUUGAAACUUAUCUAAAUCUGAAAGGAUAGUUUUGAAAUGGAUUCUUCCCAAGCAGUAGUUAAAAAAAGUAAUUUCAAGCGGCGAUGCCUUAUGAGAAAGUUGUUUUAAAAUAAUCCUAACCUUUAAACAUAUACAAAUAACUGUUUCUUUAAACAUCAGAGUGGGCUGGUUUAAAAUUCUAGAACAUUUGAUUUUCUGAGACAGAGGGAUUAAUGUAUACAUAUGCACAUCCUUACCAUUUUAUAAAGUCUUGGACCAGAGAAUCUUAAUUUCUUGUCAAAGAACACAAAGUAAAUGUACUGUCUGAAUAAGUUUGUAAUGGCCUAAACAUUCAGCUUUCAUACUGGGGUUUGGAGCAAAAUAAUUAUCAUCUUUCUAGAGAUACUCCUACUGACUUCCUAGAAAACAUUAUCAAUUGCUAGAGACUUAUUUCCAACAAUCUCAUUCCCAAAAGUCCUAAGCCCUGAAGUUCUUCACGAUGUCCUGGCAUCCUGGGAAUUCACUUGAUCUUCUGGGCAGAGACAUUUCAAACUCGGGGAACACAUGAUGGGAAUUUAGUUUCAUGUGUCCCAAAGAUAUGUAAUUCUCUUUGGAGGUUUUACUUGAUAAUAGCUAUGCCCCAGAAAACCAUCUUGUUUAACCAAUGUGAUAAGUUGACAAUGUAGUUUUUCUCUCUGAUUAUAAUGUACUCUGUGUAGUCAAUACACUAGUACCAUGUGAGUGUAAUUUCCUCUUUUAUUUUAUCUCCAAUGCACUGUAUUAUAAAUAAACAGUUAAAAAAAACACCAAACAAAUCUGUUGCAUCUCCUUUUAAGAUUGUACCACUGUAGACACUUGUUCUAGUAAAGUAGAAUUGGGCGCAUUUGAUUGCAUUUAAAUUUUUCAUGCUUCAGCAGUUUGGCUGGGAGCACAGUAAAGAAAAAUCCCAUGAGCGAGGAUAGUUUAGAAUAAUAGAACUUGAUUUUGUGUAUUAUAGCGGCAACAUUUGCGCUGCUUUAGUUAGGGUUGUGUCAGCACUUCCAUUAUAAACCCCUGUUUUCAGGGGGUAUAACUAGGGAGAUUUUUUUUAAUACAAAUUAAAAAAACAAUUCAUUUGAAUGAUUUUUAAGUUAUAAUAGUGCAAAAAUAAAACAAAGUAAAGUCAUAUAUAAAUUGACCAUCUCACAAGGAUUUUGAUUCUUUUGCUUAUUAGUUUUAUAUGACAGCAGCUAAAGUAAGAUGCUGUUCUAAAAUGCUGGGGGUGAAAGUUUUGGUAAUGAAAAAUUACUAUGUGAGCAUUAAAAAUAAAAGUAAACAUCCCACGUGACACUUUAAAACAUUAAAACAAGUGUAUAUUUGAUUUAUGAGUUUCUAAAGGAGAGUAACCAUGGUGCAAUGGUUAUGGUAAAGGCAUUACCAAAAGUCAAGUAUCUUCACAGCUUCCAGAAUAGUUCAGUUGGUCUAGUAAAGUGUUUUAAAAGGGAAAGCCAAAGUAAAGAAAUGAAUGAGGAUUUAAUCAGGAAGUUGAAUAAAGUAAUUGUGCAAAAAGGAAUCGGUAAAUUGAAUCUAAUAAUCAGUAAAUUUAAGACUUGUUUAAUAAACUGUGUUUUAAAAAGAAUUUGUACACAUUUUCCUUUUAAAAAUACAACAAAGCUACUAAACUACAACAAGAACAACAAUGAAAGAAGCCCACCAAUUUUAUCAAAAGGAAAUGGCCUGCAGGGGGACAAUACCACAAAAAAUCACUGUUUUCUCUGCGAACAACAUGCUGAGAGCUACAGUAAACUCAAGCACUUAAAUAAAAUAUGAUAUGAAGAAUGUCUUCCAAGCAAGCCACCUCUCCAUUUGCCUGUGCAGCUGAUGGAGAGGAAGCCAUGACCCAAGAUUUGACCUCAAGGGAAAAGGAAGAGGGCGGUGAUCAACAUGUGGCCUCCCAUCUGCCGCUGCACCCCAUAAUGCACAACAAACCUCACUCUGAGGAGCUACCAACACUUGUCAAUACCAUUCAACAAGAUGCUGACUGGGACACUGUUCUGUCGUCUCAGCAAAGAAUGGAGUCAGAGAAUAAUAAGUUAUGUUCCCUAUAUUCCUUCCGAAAUACCUCUACCUCACCACAUAAGCCUGACGAAGGGAGUCGGGACCGCGAGAUAAUGACCAGUGUUACUUUUGGAACCCCAGAACGCCGCAAAGGAAGCCUUGCCGAUGUGGUGGACACACUGAAACAGAAGAAGCUUGAGGAAAUGACUCGGACUGAACAAGAGGAUUCCUCCUGCAUGGAAAAACUACUUUCAAAAGAUUGGAAGGAAAAAAUGGAAAGACUAAAUACCAGUGAACUUCUUGGAGAAAUUAAAGGUACACCUGAGAGCCUGGCAGAGAAAGAACGGCAACUCUCUACUAUGAUUACCCAGCUGAUCAGUUUACGGGAGCAGCUCUUGGCAGCGCAUGAUGAACAGAAAAAACUGGCAGCCUCACAAAUUGAGAAACAACGGCAGCAAAUGGACCUUGCUCGCCAACAGCAAGAACAGAUUGCAAGACAACAGCAGCAACUUCUGCAGCAGCAGCACAAAAUUAAUCUCCUGCAGCAACAGAUCCAGCAGGUUCAGGGUCACAUGCCUCCGCUCAUGAUCCCAAUUUUUCCACAUGACCAGCGGACCCUGGCAGCAGCUGCUGCCGCCCAGCAGGGCUUCCUCUUCCCCCCUGGAAUAACAUACAAACCAGGUGAUAACUACCCUGUACAGUUCAUUUCAUCAACAAUGGCAGCUGCUGCUACUUCUGGACUCAGCCCUUUACAGCUCCAGAAGGGUCAUGUCUCCCACCCACAAAUUAACCCAAGGCUAAAGGGCCUAAGUGACCGUUUUGGCAGGAGUUUGGACACCUUUGAACAUGGUGGUGGCCACUCUUACAACCACAAACAGAUUGAGCAGCUCUAUGCCGCUCAGCUGGCCAGCAUGCAGGUGUCACCUGGAGCAAAGAUGCCAUCAGCUCCACAGCCACCAAACACAGCAGGGGCAGUCUCACCUACCGGGAUAAAAAAUGAAAAGAGAGGGACCAGCCCUGUAACUCAAGUUAAGGACGAAGCAGCAGCACAGCCGCUAAAUCUCUCUUCCCGACCCAAGACAGCCGAGCCUGUAAAGUCCCCAACAUCUCCCACCCAGAGUCUCUUCCCAGCCAGCAAAACCAGCCCCGUUAAUCUGCCUAACAAAAGCAGCAUCCCCAGCCCCAUUGGAGGAAGUUUGGGAAGAGGAUCCUCUUUAGAUAUCCUGUCCAGUCUCAACUCCCCUGCCCUGUUUGGAGAUCAGGACACAGUGAUGAAAGCCAUUCAGGAGGCUCGGAAGAUGCGAGAACAGAUCCAGCGGGAGCAACAACAGCAACAGCCACAUGGUGUUGAUGGGAAACUAUCUUCCAUGAACAAUAUGGGGCUGAACAACUGCAGGAAUGAAAAGAUUACUGGAGCAAAUCCCACUGAGAGAAGAUGCGCAGUGCCGCCCGGCAGGCUUCCCGGCACAGGUUUCCUUUCCUUACAGGAAAGAACACGCUUUGAGAAUUUGGGGCCCCAGUUAACAGGAAAGUCAAGUGAAGAUGGAAAGCUGGGCCCAGGUGUCAUCGAUCUUACUCGGCCAGAAGAUGCAGAGGGAAGUAAAGCAAUGAAUGGCUCUGCAGCUAAACUACAGCAGUAUUAUUGUUGGCCAACAGGAGGCGCCACUGUGGCUGAAGCACGAGUCUACAGGGAUGCCCGCAGCCGGGCCAGCAGCGAGCCACACAUCAAGCGACCAAUGAAUGCUUUCAUGGUUUGGGCGAAGGAUGAGAGGAGGAAAAUCCUUCAGGCCUUCCCCGACAUGCAUAACUCCAACAUUAGCAAAAUCUUAGGGUCUCGCUGGAAAUCCAUGUCCAACCAAGAGAAGCAACCUUACUAUGAAGAGCAGGCCCGGCUAAGCAAGAUCCACUUAGAGAAGUACCCGAACUAUAAAUACAAACCUCGACCGAAACGCACCUGCAUUGUUGAUGGCAAAAAGCUCCGGAUCGGGGAAUAUAAGCAACUGAUGAGGUCUCGGAGACAGGAGAUGAGGCAGUUCUUUACCGUGGGGCAACAGCCUCAGAUUCCAAUCACCACAGGAACAGGUGUUGUGUACCCUGGUGCUAUUACUAUGGCAACUACCACACCGUCACCUCAGAUGACAUCUGACUGCUCUAGCACCUCGGCCAGCCCAGAGCCCAGCCUCCCAGUCAUCCAGAGCACUUAUGGUAUGAAGACAGACGGCGGAAGCCUAGCUGGAAACGAAAUGAUUAAUGGAGAGGAUGAAAUGGAAAUGUAUGACGACUAUGAAGAUGACCCCAAAUCAGACUAUAGCAGUGAAAAUGAAGCCCCGGAAGCUGUCAGUGCCAACUGAGGAGUGUUUGUUUGCUGAAUUAAAAUACUUUGACAUUUCGCCUCCCCUCCCCCAACAAAAAGUUCUUAAAGAGCCCGCAUGCAUUUGUGGCUCCACAAUUACAUCAGCAGAAUGGUCUUAAUUGUUUCGUAAAGUGUGAGACAGAUUAAGUUUUUCCUGAUUUUUCAUGAACUUGAGUUUUUGUCGUUAUUGUUAUUGUUGUUGUUGUUGUUUUUUUAAUUUAGGUGAAGACAUAUUAAAUAUGAGACACCAGGACUUGAAAACUUAUCUCAACCCAUAGCUGUCUUACAAGUCUUAUAUUUUUGUCUUACUUUUUUUUUUUUUCUUUUGGAUGUUGAUAAAGGUUUAAGUUACUGUUUUAGAUGGGGUUAAACAUUCUCACUCAGGUAUGCUGUGCCGGCCUACAGGUUGUGAAUGUGUUUUUAUUCUGAAUUCUUUUAGAGAACAACUAAGGAUUUCCUAUCGUGAAACAGAACCAGUCCACAGCGUGCGCAGCUGCGUGCAGAGCAUAUUCAAAAGGCCUCAGAAUUCCAUUGUUUCCACGUGUAGAGUUCAACUCUGAAUGUGCCAAACUUUUUCAUAACUUUUGAAUCUUAAUAUUUUGAAAGUCUUAAAGGAGACACUGCAAAGUCUUAGACAAUCUUUGGCAUCUUAAGAUAACACAACAAACCACACAUUUUUCUUUUCCAGAAAAUGGUAAAGUACUCAGGAAUCUGGAGACAAGAUAUUGUAAGGAAUGAACAAGGUUGCCACAGUGCAGGUACCCAAUUGUGUUUGCCUCUUGACGUGCCAUCCACGUGUGACGCGUUAUACCGCGCGCGCACCAGAGCGAUCACCACACCAGAUACCAACCUGGUGGUCUUCUCUGCCUGAGACCACCUCUCACUACAUCCAUUAUCCCUUUGCCUUUUAACCCUGACAUUCAGUCUUAACACGUUUUCUCUUAAAUUAUUCAUUCCAGAAUGUCAAGGGUCCACUUACUAUUUAUUUGAAAAAAAAAAAUGUUUGUGGCAUUAAUUUAAUAAUUCUUGUUUUUCACCCUCCUUUCCUGAAGACCUUUUCAGCCCCUUUCACCUCCUUCUCCUGCUAGACACAAAAGAUGCACACAGUGAUUUUAUGUCCCCAGCGCAUCUGGACGCAUUUCUGAAACAAGAUACUAUUCAAUACUUCUACUGGUUUUCAAUGUAAACGUAUAUCUGGCUGCAGGGCUGUGUGUUUGGAUACAGGUGUGAGGUCUUACACUUCAACAGAUAUGCCCCCGAGGUUCUCUGUGACCUCAGAAGCUUUGCCAGAAUCCCCUCUAAUUCAGUUGAGCAGCAGUGGUAGGAUCUGCGUCAGCGGUGUUUCCCCCAAAUGCCAUUCAGCAACAAGGGUCAGCAGUGGUGACCGCCAGGCAGGAGAGUCCUGCAGCCAAACUCAAAACCCAAGGUUGUGGACCAUGGAGGAGGCUACAGUGAUGCUGUCAUGGGCUGGCAUCUUCGCACGGAGUUGCCUUGUCACAUCCGGUGCAUCUAGGGAGUUGUUGUUGUUGUUGUUGUUUUGUUUUUUGGGUUUUUUUUUUUUGCAAAAUCCCCAGGAUGCAAGAAGCCACAUGACAGCCUCCAGGCAAAGAUAGAGGCAAAUAGUCAUGAUACAUCCAGAGAAUGAAAGAAAACCAUAGGGAAGGAGAAGGAGGGGAAAUACAUUCCCUAUAUGGGAUGUUCCUACUGUUAACUCUGGGGAACGGACGACUUCUGGGGCAGCAGCUGAGCUCCUCUGGCUCACUCCCUCCCUCCAUCCAUGGCCACAUGGGGGGCAUGCCUCCCUGUGAACCAGAUUAACUGCAUUGGUCACACAAGGAUUUCUCUGGAGAUGUGCUGAUGGGCUGGGAGGCAGUGAGGUUUCAUUCCCCAUCUCUUAACUCCAGGGAGCUCGGCCAUGCCAUUUUGACCUUCCUGAAACCAGGACUGACUGUCUGUGGGGUGGGGGAGGGCCUCACCCGGAGUGGUUCAAUGGGAAAAUGUCAGUUAAUGGGACAGUUCACUUCAUGGGACAACCCAGAAUCUCACCACCAGGACAUAGGAACGGCCCCAUCAGAUUUCUUGAGCCAUUUUGUCACUUGGAAGAAAAUAGUGUACCUUCAUAUUUAUUUAAAGAGUGCUCAAGGCCAUACCUAAUAGCAAUAAAUAGGUCUAGCCAAGAUGUUACUGGCUAUGUCAUUAGCUGGGAGUGCUCUCCAUAAGCUGAUUAAGGUACUGAUAGGAAUGUUUUGUUCUUAGUAUUGGUUGGGGAUUGGAACUUUGUUUUUGUACAUUUAUUUCAAAUGAGGAGGAGGUCAUUUUUUUCUCAAAAGAAAUGAAUAUUUAUUAUUGUUUUACUGAUUUCUGUUGAUUAUAUAUACCUCUCCUCCUCGCUUCAUUCUCACGUUUUUUCCUUUCUCUUGGACUCUUGCGUUUGCUGUCUCCUCCUCUCUCUUCCUUUUUUAUUUUGUCGCAUAGGUAGAGUGCUGUAUGGCUAGCAUUGUAUUGUAUGUAAUUAAUUUUGCACAAAGGCAAACAUUUAGAAUAGUAGGUUAAUUUUGUUUGUUUUUUAUGACCAUGCCAAAAUAAUAUUCUGGGCUGGUGGAGAACAAAGGACUGUUCUUUAGGACUGAAACUUGAUUUUGCUUGUAGUUAAAAAAAAAAAAAAAAAGAAAAAGAAAAAAAACAACAAAAAACACACACACUCACAGAUGUUGUUUCGUAAGUGUUAUAAGCACUGGAUAUAAAUGGUAUUUUUUAUCACUUCUGACUAAUGUGAAACUUGUACGAAAACUACACGAACAAAAGUCAUCUGUUUCGACUCGUGUGGGCUUGCCUCACAGUUGCCGGAUUUGAGUCAUUUUUAUGUCUUGUUAUUUCAUUUAUUUAUGCAAAAUACAUGUGUGUAUGAACACUUUGUUUUAGCUCCAGCUCUGCCUCAGUACUGGGGUGCAGUCACUUCUGGCCAUGUUCUUAAAAGUGAAAGGCUAUUCAGGAAUGAUCUGAUUGCAAACGUCUCUUUCAUUGGGUCAAACGGCGAUGCUGUAUUUGAAUCUAAAUUCUGUGCAUAAGCAGUUUACUCUAUUUAUUAGCCAAGUUUGGCUCUAAAUAUCCAUGGAAAUUAAGAAUGACAAUCAUAGGGGAUCACUUCGUUUUAUUUUCAGUGGGGCUUAAACAAAGUUUUUAUGACUCUACCAUCUCAUUUUAGAUUUUUCUAAUUGUGUAAAUAUAACAUAGAAAUAGAAUUUAUUUUUGGUUCAUGAAUACGUAGUGAGAUAUAAGUUACGUAUUUCCUUUUUGUUCUCUCUCCGUAUACGUUGGUCCAGACUAGAAGUUGAAGAGUCAGUGUACCUCAUGGGGAUAGUGAACUAGCAGCCGCAGUGAGAGAGCAGUGUUCCACCCGCAGCUGGGGAAGCAAAACCCUUCACUCGGGUUCCCAGGCAGUUUAGAACCCACUGUCCACAGGCUCAGACUUUUACUUAUUUUUUUCUCAUAGAAAGUCGAUGAAUUGAUUAUACUAAAUUUCCAGUACAGCUGGGGAAGAGUCAAUUUGCUUUUGUAAAUCCACAUAAAUCUUCUAAGGUAGUUCUGUAACCAUUUACUAGCAAGAAGCAUGAAUGCCUCCGAGAUUGACCAUUAAUAAAAGUCCUACCAUGCCAAUUAGAUUAAAGAAUGCUAAUCAACUGUUUUCAGUGCUUCCUAUUUCACAGUAUCUUCAAAUCAAAGAGAAACCAUCUCCAUGUUGUUAAAGAACUUACAGGAUCAGGAUUUUCCUUGUCACUUAGGAUAGGGACACUGGCGCACAAUCCUCUCCUAAAAAAAAAAAAAUGGACCAUAUGGGACAGGAAGGAAGGAAGGGAAAGGAAGGAAUGAAGGAAGGAAGAAAAGAAGGAAGGAAGGCAGAGAAAGGAAGGGAGAGAGAAAGAAAAGGUCAAUCCAUGGACAGGAGCAGCCAGGCAGGCGGUUUCUCUAUUUCCUUGGCAGAGGCGAUGCAGUACCUUCUCCAGGAAGGUAAGAAAGUUAUGUCGUUUUCACGUGUAUUCAGCUCAGUCUUCCAGGAGCACAUCAGUUUGCUUCAUUUGGUGUUUGAGACUCGCCAGCCUUGUCCUCAGGCCCGAUUCAUGAUGCCAGGGUCCUGACACAGUCUCCCAGGCCAAGUUCUAAAUUGAGGUGUGGGCUCACAGUGCUGUUGAGCUUGUCAAAUUCUGGCCUCCCCUGCACAUUAGCCCCACUGGAGCCUGGGGUGUUUGAAAAGGGUGUGAUCACUCUAGGGCUGAAAUUAAAGGCUUCUUUCUUUUCCUUAUGAAGCCGGGCUGCUUCUUCGGAGCACACCCUCCCAAGCCAGGAGCACCAGGCACUAGCUGAAAGCAGGGAUUAUUCCGAGGAAGCCCAUCUACCCCCAAUAGGAAGGCAGCCUGGUCACUUGAACACCACAGGCAGAGGCUGCUUCUCCCAAUUUACUCAUUCUGCAAAGAGCUGACCUCAACCUACUCAUUAGGGAAAGGAGAAAGAAUCACUUAGUAGUUUUAAACCAUAUGAGAAGUCCUGUUCCAAGUGCCAACGACUACAACGAAUGCAGCUAGAGGAAUGUAUUGAAAUUAUUACUGGGUCUUCCUUUCUAAUGAGAAAAAUGACAAAAAUGGUUGCUGUAGCCUUGCCUGAUUUUGUACACGUUUGUCCAAGGACUGAGUUGGCACUGAAGCUCACUUCUCAAAGUAUAAUAAUAUUGUAUGACCUCAUCUGUCCCUUUACAGAAGCACCUGCAUCAUUUCCUUAAGCCAUCUGCCCCCUGACAUGUCUUCUUCCUUAAUAAACAACUUCUAUCUGUUACUCCUGCUGAUGACGUUCUGUUUCUGAUGCCAUAUACUGUUGAGCGUAACCCUCUGCUAAUAUCGUUGCAAAUAUCGAUACGCAAACACAUUUCCUUUUCAUCCCCAUCCCAUCUUUCCUUCUGGGGACAGAUUGCUUUCCAAAAGCUCAUGAACAAGUAGUGGGAAUGCUGGUACCUUUGGGGCAGGGCUAGAGGAGGGGGUGGGGGUGGGGGACAGAAAGGUAAUGCUGAGUUCAGAUACUCUUCCGAUUGGAGUCCGUGGCUGUAUGAACGCUUGACGGUAACUCAGUGACAUAUCUUGCUCAGUAGUUUCUUAUUCCUGAAGAACCACAAGCAUAAGGUGAGGCCUCAGUGCUGGUGCUCUUGGAGUAUGGGGAAUGUGCAAAUAUUUAACUGUUUUGUAUGCUGCACAUUGCAGAUCUGCUCAUGUGCAUUCUCCGUUCGUCUUCCUUUGUCAUACGUGUUUUUGCUUUUUUUUUUUUUUGGAAAGUGCAGUCUUUAUUGUACCCUUCUUCAGCUUGUAGCAAAUUAGAAUGCUUAGCAUUUAUGUUCAUUCAUUAUUGUAUUUGCCAUGUAAAAUUUUUAUUACCUUAGACAAGCUUAUAAGCUGUUACUACAUAACUUAUCUUACUGUAACUCUUUUAUUUCCUGACCUUGUAAUUUGUUUGUGAUGUAUAUUGUGAGAUUGUAUUCUAUGUUAAUUUAAUCAGCACAAUUCACUGACAUGCUGGACUGACAUGCUGGCUGCUGUUUCAAAGUGUAAAGUUUGUGUAGGGCUGUUGGGACAACUGUGGCUUGUUGUUGAGGUACUGUGUAACACUGCGGGUGUGGCCCUUAACGAUGCUAAGGGCAUUCACUACACCCUCGAGCAAAUUUAACUGCAGAUUUUCUUUGUAGAAAUUCUAUGUAUAACGCAGGUACCUACUUGGCCCAUGGCUGGUAACUAUUUGGGCGAUUAGAAAAACAAGAAAACAAAAACCAUAAAAACUAGUGUCUAUUGCUGCUUUGAAUAUGUUUGAAAGUCUGAAAAUGUAAAUAAUUUAUCAAAAAAAAAUCUUGUACAGUCCAGUGUAAAGUUUUUAAAUGACCUUAAGGGUUACCAUCACAUGUCUCUCACACUCUCCUCUUAAUCAUGGAAAAAAAAGUUUGCUAAGGAUUAAAGAAAUGGGGGAAAAAAGAAUAUCUUCAAAUUUAAAGGAAUGAAUCAUUGUUCUUAGCUUUGUUGCAUACACACAUUUCUUGGAUUUCGUUGUGCAGUAUUGACGUGAGAUAAAACUCAACAUUGAAUAAUCUUUCAGUGGUACUUUUCAAAGUCUUCCCCUCCUCUGCCUCAUAAUUAAGGGAAAAGACAAAAUUGAAAGACGCACUGUCUUUAUCUAUCCUGGUGUAUGUUGGCACCUUAGCUACUUUUUUUUUUCUUUUUGCACAAGGUGCUUUCCUGAUAUGUUAAACAUGCCAUCUUUGGGUGAUAAUGUAUAUGCCAUGAAGGGGCCCCGGCCCCUCAGGGGAGUGUCUAUAAGAACCUGCCUAUUUAUGCUCAUUUACCUCAAGACUGUCCUCUCUACCCUUAAUCUAGUCGUCAUCACUCCAUCUUUUGUACUGCUGUUGACACUUACAAAUUAAAGAUAAAUUUUGUUUUAUGA